AGUUUGGUGUGUAGAUAUUGACAGGAUUGCCAAAGAUCUAAAAAUAACAUAUGACGUAGUAAGAAAUGGGGUACUCACGCCGUACGCAACUGUAACUUAUUUUGCUAACGUAACUCUAGAGAAUGUUGGUACGACACCAAUUCCUGCCGCAAACUGGAGCAUCUAUUUCUGUCACCACACCCUUAUUCAACCUGUAUACUACAACGCCACGAUAAACCAGUAUAUUGGAGGAGGCCUGAUUCUUUCUGGGAAUAUAACUCUGACGCAUGUUAAAGGUUGCAUGUUCAAAUUUGACCCAUACAAUGGUGACAACAAAGUUUUUCAGAACCUACCAUUGCAACCAGGAGAGCUCCGAAAUAUUUCGUUCCUGGCUUCCAACUGGGCUAUAUCCCGAUAUGACAUCUUUCCAAACUGGUAUCUGUCAAAUGGCACACAUCAGCAAAUUAUUGAAAAUACCAAAAGUCCUGAUGCAACAUUCGUCGCCCCUCACACAACUUUUGUUGAGUUCAUGAGGGGAAUACCGAACGAUGUGAUGGGUAUACCACCCUCACCAUUCGAACGUUACCGGGGAUACAAUUUCACUGACCUUGAAUCCAUCAAAACGUCCAUUCUACCCACCCCAGUAAAGCAGACGCUUGGAAAUGAAACCGUUACUAUUGACAAGAAAUGGAGAAUAGACAGGGAUCGUUUCAGAAGCCUAUCCGGAGUCGCCAAGUACAUACAAAAGUCUAUAAAGGGAUCCAAAAUCAGGAAUCUAAAACCCACCUCAAACAGAGUCAUACAACUCAGAAUAAAGAAAAACGCAACGAAAGAAAAUCCCGAGGGAUAUACCUUAAAAAUUACUUCUAAACCAGAUAGGGUAGACAUAUUAGGGAACUCCGUGGGUGGCGUGUUUAACGGAAUCCAAUCACUGUUCAGCUUGCUGGCCUUCGGAGGUACCAUUCCCACCAUGACAAUUACAGACGAACCCCGAUUUAACCACAGAGGACUCUUGUUUGAUGUUGCCAGGAAUUUCUUUCCAAAAUCCACCAUUAUUAAGUUGUUAGAAGUAAUGGCUUUAUUCAAACUGAACAAACUCCAACUGAAUCUGGCGGACGAUGAAGGUUGGCGUUUGGACAUCGAGGCACUUCCGGAGUUAGCCAAGAUUGGAGGAAAACGUUGUCAUGACUUGCAAGAGAGGACUUGUCUGUUUUCCCAGUUGGGUUCAAACCCGAGCGGCAGCGGUAUUGGGUCUGGAUAUUUCACGAAAAAAGACUAUCAAGAUAUUCUUAAAGCAGCUCGAGACCGUAACAUUGAAAUCAUCCCUAGCAUCAACAUAGCUGGCCGUGCUCGUGCUGCAGUUAUUGCAAUGAACGAAUACUCCAGAAGAACGAACACCACCGAUUACAAUCUCCAUGACGUACAAACCGAACACGUUUAUCUUACAGACACGUUGUUUGAUGAUUCUGCCAUAAAUCCAUGCAUGCCGUCAACUUUCAAAUUUUUUGAUACCGUUUUGAAAGAAAUCAAAUCGUAUCAUAAUGAGGCUAAGGUGCCACUGGAGCGUGUCAAUAUUGGAGGAGAUGAUUCCCCGGCUGCUGCAUGGUUGAAUUCCUCCUAUUGCAAGAACCUUACUUACGAUGGGCCUGAUCCAUUCAUGCGUAUCAAAGUGAACUUUACGACACAGAUUGCCAAGAUUGCUGCUGAUAAUGGAGUUAACCUUUCUGGAUUUGAGGAGUUCUUUAUGGCAUGGCCCACGACAGAUCCUAGAGGGGGGCCCUUGGUUCCUUUUGAUGUCAAUCGAUACCCAGAAAAUUUGGAAAUAACCGUUCAUACAAGGAAUUCACAAAACGAUGUUUUCAUUCAGAGAGCGACUGCUCUUACUAAUAAUGGCUACAAGGUCAUCUUGUCGCAGUCAGAUUUCCUGAGUUUUGAUCACGCUCCUGAGGCGGACCCAGAAAGCCCCGGGGAUUAUUGGGCUAUCCGAUUCAUUGAUCCUCUUCGAGUGUUCUCUUAUCUUCCUGAGCAUCGCUGCUGUAACCUAAUACCCGAUGAAUUCACCUUUGGUAAAAUGCCAUUUGCUCCAUAUGGAUGUAUAGACGAUAGCAACUGCUUAGAAGCUAAACAGCCACAGAAUGUUACAGGAAUGCAGGCACAAGUUUGGACAGCAAGAAUAAGGACGGAGGACCAGUUAUUUGGGCUGUUGUUUCCACGCUUGAUUGUUUUUGCUGAGAGAGCCUGGCACCGAGCACCCUGGGAAUCGUCCUACAAAGUCCGCACGAACGUCAACGAGGACUACCCCGUACCGGAUUUUCCAGCACGUGAUGCCGAUUGGGCUCGUGUAGCUAGCAUGAUUGGCCACCGUGAACUUAAGAGGUUGGAAGCAUAUGGAGUCAAUCCCAGAAUUCCACCGCCAGGAGCUAGAAAUAUGACCUACAAAGAUGCAAACAAUACCAUAAAACACGUGUUACACACGGACGUUGCAUAUCCAGAUCUACAACCCCAAGUGCAAGGAGGUCAAAACCAGUGGGCGGACAUUAAGCCAGCUACUGACAUUACAAAUCUAAAAAUGAGAGUACUGGCCUAUAGAACCAGAAACGCCGCAAAUAACAGAUACAGCAAAGUAGACAAUUAUGUUCUAGAGAGGCCCAGAAAUGUGCUAGAGAGACUUGUAGAAGCGGGACUUAUAGCACCUCCUCCGGGAAUAGGAAUACCGCCCGAGUUUGGUUCCACUGUUCCACCCAUAGAUGUAUCCCUGACGUCCACCACCAAACCAUAAACCAAAGCCAUUAUAUAAAGAAAAUAGUUCUGUGUCAACAAUAA